GUUGGACUUUGAAACAUAUAAUUUGGUUUGCAGAUGUUAUUUUAAUGACGAUGAAUACCGAAGUUAAAGACUCGUCUUCUGAUUCAAACCCCAGCCCCAACCCCAACCCCAACCCCAACCCCAACGGAGUUCAACCUCCAUCUCCAAUGGCGACCCUUUCAAUUAACGAUUCAGAUCGCAAGCCUUCAUGGUUUACGCCCAAAAGGUUGCUCAUUAUCUUUUGUAUAAUUAACAUGGUGAAUUAUGUGGAUCGUGGAGCAAUAGCAAGUAACGGUGUUAACGGUAAUCUUGGAACUUGCACGGAUAGUGGAAUUUGUACUUCGGGAACCGGAAUUCAGGGAGAUUUUAACCUCAAUAAUUUUCAAGAUGGUGUUUUGUCAUCUGCAUUUAUGGUUGGACUCCUUAUCGCUUCUCCAAUAUUUGCUUCCUUAGCAAAGAGCCAUAGCCCUUUUAGGCUUAUUGGAGUUGGAUUAUCUGUUUGGACAUUUGCUGCAGUGGGAUGCGGUAUUUCAAUUGAUUUUUGGUCUAUCACAAUAUGUCGCAUGCUGGUUGGUGUAGGCGAGGCAUCUUUCAUUAGUCUUGCUGCUCCAUUUAUUGAUGACAAUGCCCCACCUGAGCAAAAAACUGCAUGGCUUGCUUUCUUUUACAUGUGCAUACCCACUGGAAUUGCACUGGGCUAUGUCUAUGGUGGAGUUGUUGGAAGCAAUUUCAGUUGGCGUUAUGCAUUUUUUGGCGAGGCACUCCUUAUGCUUCCUUUUGCUGUUUCGGGAUUUCUGGUGAAACCUUUGCAGUUGAAAGGAUUUGCAUAUGUUGGUUCAAACAAAGGAUUGUCAACAAUUGAAGCAACUGGCCAUGUAAUGGAAGACGGAUCAGAUGUAGAUUCUGUGCUUAUUCCCUUAGAUGAAACGACGAAGUUAUCAGCUUUCUCUAGAUUAUCGAACCAAUUCUCCAGAUUUACAAAGGAUAUGAAAGUACUUUUGCUUGAUAAAGUUUAUGUUGUCAAUGUUUUAGGUUACAUUUCAUACAACUUUGUUAUUGGCGCCUAUUCUUAUUGGGGGCCAAAGGCUGGUUAUAAUAUUUAUCAUAUGAGUAAUGCAGAUUUGUUAUUUGGUGGGAUUACGAUUGUCUGUGGAAUUUUCGGCACAUUGGCAGGAGGGUUUAUCCUUGAUAAAAUGAAUGCUACAAUUUCUAACGCAUUUAAGCUUCUUUCAGUAGCCACUUUUCUAGGUGCAAUAUUUUGCUUCAGUGCCUUCUGUCUAAAGAGCUUAUAUGGUUUCAUAGCUCUCUUUGCGGUGGGUGAACUACUUGUAUUUGCAACUCAGGCUCCAGUUAAUUAUGUUUGCCUCCAUUGCGUUAAACCAAGUUUGAGGCCAUUGUCAAUGGCUAUGUCAACUGUUUCAAUUCACAUAUUUGGUGAUGUUCCUUCCUCACCUCUUGUCGGGAUUCUCCAGGAUCAUCUUAACAACUGGAGGACAACAGCUCUAAUUCUGACUGCUAUUCUGUUUCUUGCUGCUGCAAUAUGGUUCAUAGGUAUCUUCCUGAAUAGUUUUGACUUGUCCAAUGAGGAUGAUGAAAAUCAAGUUGCUGUAAUUAAUAGAGACAACCGGAAGCCCUUGCUUGAAGAAAACAGUAAUGAGGAAGUGGAUGCCCCUGCUCAAGCAUAGAUUUUCUUUACUUAUUCUUUUUUAAAUCCCAACAACGAUAUUUCUUGCACACUACAUUCAAGUAUUCACACCUGAACAUCUUUUCAAAAUCAUCUAUUUCCUUGGAAGGAAAAUGGGAUGGAUUAUUCACUUCAACCAGAUUGCUGUCCACAGCUUAAGAUUGUCAAUUGUGUACAGGAAAUCAUGCAGAAGUUAAAAUGUAUUUCCUCCAUAAAUCAGCAGGUAACUUAUGACUUGUGAGUUUCUGUUUGAGCAUUACUCUUUUCUUUUAGAUGUAAUUUAUUGCUGCUCUAAAAGGUGGGAGAAGACAGUAGGGAAGAGAAUUUUUUACUGUUUGAAGUGACGUCUCUGUACAAACUUUCUGUACUGUGCUACAAUGUUUGACAAUCAUGUAAAUAUUUACUAUUCUUCGAUGUUUAUAGAAAAUCUUAAUUUUAUGAAGGCA